UCCUUUUCAGCAUUGUGCUAGGGCCGGGAGACAGACCACUGUGACUGCAAGCUGAGAGGGAAACUGAGGCAAGAUGUCGGGCCGGAGCGGGAAGAAGAAAAUGUCCAAGCUGUCCCGUUCGGCCAGGGCCGGUGUCAUCUUCCCCGUGGGGAGACUGAUGCGUUACCUGAAGAAAGGGACGUUCAAGUACCGGAUCAGCGUGGGGGCUCCCGUGUACAUGGCAGCAGUCAUCGAGUACCUGGCAGCGGAAAUUCUAGAAUUGGCUGGGAAUGCCGCGAGGGACAACAAGAAGGCCCGGAUAGCCCCAAGACACAUCCUGCUGGCCGUGGCCAAUGAUGAGGAGCUCAAUCAGCUGUUAAAAGGAGUGACCAUUGCGAGCGGAGGCGUCCUGCCCAGAAUCCACCCUGAACUGCUGGCCAAAAAGCGAGGGACCAAAGGCAAAUCGGAAACUAUCCUCUCCCCUCCUCCAGAGAAAAGAGGAAGGAAGGCCACGUCGGGCAAGAAAGGGGGCAAGAAAUCCAAGGCUGCCAAACCACGGGCAUCCAAAAAGUCCAAACCAAAGGACAGUGAUAAAGAAGGAACUUCAAAUUCCACUUCUGAGGAUGGGCCGGGGGACGGAUUCACCAUCUUGUCUUCCAAGAGCCUUGUUCUAGGGCAGAAGCUGUCCCUGACCCAGAGUGACAUCAGCCAUAUUGGCUCCAUGAGAGUGGAGGGCAUUGUCCACCCAACCACAGCCGAAAUUGACCUCAAAGAAGAUAUAGGUAAAGCCUUGGAAAAGGCUGGGGGGAAAGAGUUCUUGGAAACGGUAAAGGAGCUCCGCAAAUCCCAAGGCCCUUUGGAAGUCGCUGAAGCCGCUGUCAGCCAAACCAGCGGACUUGCAGCCAAAUUUGUCAUCCACUGUCACAUCCCUCAGUGGGGAUCCGACAAAUGUGAAGAGCAGCUCGAAGAGACCAUCAAAAACUGCCUGUCGGCGGCAGAGGACAAGAAGCUAAAGUCUGUGGCCUUCCCACCCUUCCCCAGUGGCAGAAACUGCUUCCCCAAACAGACGGCCGCUCAGGUGACCCUCAAAGCCAUCUCGGCCCACUUCGACGACUCGAGCGCGUCCUCACUGAAGAACGUCUACUUCCUGCUGUUCGACAGCGAGAGCAUCGGCAUCUACGUGCAGGAGAUGGCCAAGCUCGACACCAAGUAGCCGCCGCUGCCGGCCCGGAGUUGCGGGAGGAUCAUCCCAGGAGCGGGUUUUAUUUUUCAAAAGGAGAGAGGAAGGGGGACCAGGGGAGUGUUGGGCGGCCUCGGGAGCAGGUCCCGCCCGCGGAAGGAGCCCUCUGCAUUUUAUAUUCUCCUUAAAAAGAGCCUCAGUCCCAAAAACCAGGUCUCCGCGAGGGGUUCUUUCCUUGUGUUUUCUUCCUGUUGUUUUAGAACUUUUUAAAAAAAACAGACUUCAUUUUAGAUUUAUAGCAUUGACUUUUACACACACAAAGAAAAUCCUUUCAAAAUUCUUAAGUCUUCUGUUUCUCCUUUUGCAAGGAAGGAUGGCAACCGAGUGACCCGGGCUUUGCUGGCUGGCUGUGUUCAGUGCCGGAGAGGAGAAACUUAGGCAUCUCACCGGUGCUUUCUCUUGUUUUAGUGCCCCCGCCGCACCCCUAUAAUAUCUCUACUCCUAAAAAGGUUUUGCUUCAGGCUUUUUUCUGUUUUGUUUUGUUUUUUAAAGAAAAAGAAAAUGAAAGAAAAAAA